AUGUCCGACCGACUCCCACCAUGCGACCAGCCCAAGCUGACACCCGAAUAUCAUGAUGUGGUCAUCGUCGGUGCCGGCGUUUCUGGCAUUGCGAUGGCAUGUCAACUCAAGCGCAAAAUGAACAUCCACGACUUCAAGAUCCUCGAAAAGUCUCCCAACCCAGCCGGAACCUGGACUAACAACACCUACCCCGGUUGUGCCUGCGAUGUACCCGCACCCGUCUACUCCUUUUCCUUCGCCACCAAAAGCAACUGGUCAACCUUCUACCCACAGCAAAAGGAGCUCAAGCAAUACUUUGGUACCGUAGCAGCCGAGCACAACCUCCAAAAGAACUUCCAUUUCCAAACAACCGUGCUCGAGGCUAGAUACGAUAGAGAUACGGGAUUGUGGCAUGUUUGGAGUCAAGAUUGGAGGCCAGAUCGGAAAGAGGAGGGGAAGCACCAUUUUGUUUGCAAGUUCUUUGUUAGUGCUGUAGGCGGACUUUCUCAGCCGAAACCGUGCGAGAUCGAAGGGCAUGAGAGUUUCGAGGGGGCCAUUUUCCAUACUGCUGCUUGGGAUCAUUCGGUCGAUAUUAGGGGAAAGGAUGUUGUUUUGGUGGGAAAUGGUUGUUCUGCUACUCAGUGCGUACCCUAUCUCGCGGAGCACAGCAAGACAUUGACGCAGUUCGUUAGGUCUAAACACUGGAUUGCACCUCAUCCGCACAACCCAUUCGAUGAUAUCCCCGGGUUUAAGUGGCUUGUGCAGCACUUUGUUUUCGUCCGCAAGUUUCAAAGAUUGCUUAUCUGGUUGGUGCUGGAAUCGCACUUCAUCAUGAUCCUCCAGAACCCACUCGGUAGGCUCUUCCGUUGGAACUGGAGACGGAAAUGUGAAGCACACAUGAAGAAGAACGCUCCUAAGGAGUACUGGAACCUGCUCUUACCCAAAAAGGACGAGUUGAUGGUUGGGUGCAAACGUCGUAUUAUCGACGAUGACUACCUCCCCACUCUCCGCAGGCCCAACGUUAAGGUCGAGAACACGAAACUCGCUCGUAUCGAACCCAACCACGUCGUCCUUGCGGACGGGCGCAAGAUUAAAGCAGACGUCAUUGUGAUGGCUAACGGUUUCCUACCGCAUAAAGCCGGAGCACCGAUGAAGAUUGUCGGUCUCAACCGAACCUUACAUGACCAUUGGGAGAAGUACGGAGAGGGAGGAAUGAUCGCUUAUCGUUCCUCGCUCAAUUCUGGGUUCCCGAAUAUGGGUCAGAUUAACGCUGCCAACACUGGUACAGGUAACCAAUCCCUCAUCUUUGCCUCAGAAUGCACGGUAAACUUCCUUCUUGAAGUAGCCAAGCCCGUCCUUGCUGCCGCCAAACCCCCACUAAUAGCUAUUGAGCACAUGCCAGGCACUGGCGCAGACGAACACAUCCAACGAGCCAAGGUCCCCACCUUCGAGGUAAAACUCAAAGCGGAACUGGACGAACAGCACUGGAUCGCAAAAGCAAUGUCCAAAUUGGUCUUCACUAGUGGUUGUAAGAGCUGGUACAUCGAUGAAAGGAGUGGGAGAGUUACUUCGAUGCAACCUGAUUGGCAGGUGAAUUUCAUGUGCAGAUCUCAUUUCCCCAAGUGGGCUGAUUUCAAAUACACAGGGUUGAAGGGGGGUAGCGCAAGACCGGAGGGUGUACCGUGGUGGAAGGUGUUGGGUGAUAAGGUUGGGUUGGGGCAUGUACCGUAUGUUGAUCCUAAGGAGACUCCGCAGAUUAAUAGGGCUGCUAUGGAUGCGUAG